AUGAAUGAUCCAACUGCAACAGCACCUGUGGUUUCUACUAUCAUCGGUACUUCGACUUCUGUGGCUGUCGGUUUUUCUUCUAUCACUACGACGAGAAGAAGUAUGAAUAAAUCAACUAUGGAAUCAACAGGAAAAACGGUUAAUACACGCAGUAAUAAUAAUAGUAACAAAAAUCAUAGUAAAUUAGCGGCAGUUGAACUAAUUACUGAUGAACAAACUAAUAUCCCAUACAAACUGAAUCCAGUGUCUACCUCACGUGAUUUCUAUCGUGAACCAGUAUUGACACGUGUAGCCGCUGAUUUGCGUAAUUCACCAAUCGCAUCAGAUUCAUUAUCAGUACUUCAUACUACUGAUCAUUUAGUGGUAGCUAGUGAUCCUACUGACAGUAAACUGAAGCGAAAGUAUCCUGAUAUACUGACAACUUCACCAUCAUCAUCAUCACCUAUACAGUAUCAAACUGUCAUUAUAUCUGACAAUAGCGGUAGCAGUAGUAGUAUUAGUAGUAUUGGAUCCAGUAAGGAGAAAAGAAAGAAGAAAUCUUCACGAAAGCAUUCUUCAUCGUUAGUGUCGAUGAAUGAAGAUGAUAUUAUUGCAACUGUUGUCAGUGACAAUAAUGAUAGUGAUGCCAUCAAUAAAAACUCGAAUAAUGCUGGUAAUACUGAAUUACCUCAUUAUCCGUCAAUUGAAGUUAAAUCAAAUCCAUUUUCACUGUCAAAUGGAUUACAAUCGAUAAUGCAUACAGUACCUUCCACAUCAAAUACAAACAACAUCGUACAAAUGGCAUUUAAUGAUUUUCGAAGUUUACUUUACGAUGCUUUACACAAAUUAGAGGAAAAGUGUGACAUUCUCGCGGAAUCUACGAGUGAUAAUGAUAUCAAUCUAGGCAGUGCACCGCGACUUCCUCAUUUGCAUCGAAUAUGCUCAGAUGUUGCCGUUCAAACUGAAGACGAUAAUGCUCCAUACCAGAAUAUUGACCUGGACUCAUCAUCAUCAUCAUUGUCCUGUGUAGAUAAUUCAUUGAAAGCAUGUAAGUCAGCGGAAUGUAAAACAGUUCAAACUGAUGUUGUUCCCACUUCAUCGCCGUCGAAAUUUGGUCAUCGUCCACCAACCUUCCAAGAACGAUUAAUGGAGGCAGAAAUUUGGCGUAUGGAAAAAGAGAAUCAACGAUUGAAUGUUCUACUGGCGUAUACACGUGCUGAGAUGGCACUGGAAAUGAAUCGCCGGAUCUCUGAAUUACGCAAAAUUUGGAGUUAUGAACUGAAGGCUGUUGUAGAGUCAGCUGGUAAAAUGUGGGAACAAGAUGUUGUACAGAUUGUUGAUGCAGUGAAACGAUGCCAAUGGUGCGCUUAUUGUGGACGUGUAGCAUAUUAUUAUUGUUGCUGGAAUACAUCAUAUUGCAAUGGUGUAUGCCAAGCGAAACAUUGGGCUGUGCAUAUGAAUUCAUGUGUACAAAUUAGAAUUCAAGUGAACAACAAGAGUAGUAAUUGCAAAACCACCUCUAGUGGUCCCGGUACACGUUAUUAUGAUCCAUUGACUUCACUGAAUAGUUCAACUACAACUACUGACCAAUGUCUUCAGUGUUCGAAAUUGAUUCCUGUUAAAAAAGAAACAAACAGGAUUAUUUUGUUUAUUUUUUUCCCCUAUGCGAAUAUGUGA